AUGCGCAACAGCGAGCUCCUGCUGAGGUACGUCGCCAUCGCCUUGGGGGAGCCAACAAUGAGCGGCCAGAGCGUGUCGUUGAUAAACACAUCAUCGUCACUGGUGCUGCUGUGUCGUUGGCGGAUGCCGCCACUGCCUUCUCCGCCCAAGCCGCCAACACCAACACCAGCAACACCGCCACUGCCGCAGGCAUUGCCGUUUGUUGAGGCGGCCUGCAGUUGCAGGCGCGCUGCGGAGAGCCGAUUGCACAUCUGCACCAGUGACUCCAGCGCGCUGUCCCGCACUGCCUUCACCUUGUCGAAGAGCACAUCGACAAGCAGUGGUAGCAGCCCAUCCUUCGCGAAGCGAUGCAGGGGGUUGACGCCGUCCUCCGCCAUCACGACGCCACUCGGCCGUCCGCCAGCAACGCUGCUUUCACGCACACUCGCCUCAAGCGUGUGA